AUGACUCUGAGUCAUCCCCCAAUGUCAUUAAUACAAGAGCAAGAUAAGAUAAAACUAGAUCCCAAGCCAGGAUUCGUGAUAAAAACCAAGAUACUAGAGUCCAGGGAUAGCUCGCAGGUUUUUACCAAAGUAUUUAUCAAUAUAUGUCACGAUCCACAGGUGCCGAAACCAUCAAUUGAUUUUGAGCCCGAAGUAGUGUUUCCCAUGAUCAUUGAAAAUCGAUGGGAAAUCCCCAUUGUUUCCUCCAAUGUCAAGGAAUCGAAAGAUAAAAAAGGGUUUCCAUCUUUGGUCUAUGAUUGUUGCAUCAAUGAUGAAUGUUUUCGAUGGUGCCAAAUUAGCAAGGAUUUAAAACUAAUUUUGAUAGAGUGGUGUAUUGAAUCCAUUGAAUUGAUUAACUCAAUAACAUUGGAGAGGGAUUAUAGUACUCCCAAGAUGCUAUCCAAGGGUGACUUGACCCAAACUGAGUUGACAAAGGAUGAGUUGAGUAAUUUAGGUUUCCAGAAGCUAAAUGAGUUACAACAAAAUGAAGCCUUAGGUGUGAUUGAAGAGCUCAAGUUGGGAGGUGAUGAUGAUGAGGAGGAGGAGGAUUUGCCAGAUCUAUUCAAUAUAGGCAGGGAUGGGGGACCAAAAAAGCCAUUGAUCGAGGAAAUAUAG